AUGACGAACUCCGAAAUGGACGAAGUCAAAGCCGACCUCAAGCUCAAAGGCAAGAUCAACUUCAUCAGUUGGAAGCGCGAGUUUGAGCGUGCGGCCAAAGCGAAUGAUACCUUUGAGUAUCUUACGGGCGAAGAAGUUGUUCCCUCUAAACCUAGAAAGGAAGACUACUUCGCGAAGCCUGGCGAUGCCGAUAUACGUCGCUCUACCCGGACCAAGAAGAUAUCAACACUAAUAGUUGACGACGGUGAUGAAACAGAUAAUGCUCAGGCUGUUCUGAUUACCACUAACAAUAGCCUCCGAUGGCAGAUUGACUAUAAUGAACAUAAGAAUGCCAAAGAGAAAAUGAAGCUUGCUAGCAAGUUGCUGGACAACCUUAAGACUGUUAAAUAUAAUAUGACCGACGAUAUAUUCGCUACCGCUCUGCUUUAUGGUCUUCCUCCCAGCUACCGCGCCUUUAAAGAAAAGUACGACUGGAUCCGCUUAACUAAACCCGAUGACCCUCCAGAUCUAGACUACCUCUAUAAGCGCCUGCAUAUUGAAGAAGUUCAACAGCUUCGAAUGAAGGAGGAGAGGAGGGCCCGCGAAAGGGCCAAGAAGGAAACGAGCGGUAACAUCGGCAACAGAGGCUACAGCGGCCGAUCUAAGCCGAGCCGCGAGGAUAAAAGCUACUUAAAAUGCACCUAUCCCGACUACGGUAGAACCGGCUAUACCGAGGAAACCUGCUAG